AUGUCAAGAGAAGAAGAAGCUUUGGCAAUUCAGGGAGGUAUCAGUCAUGCAGAGUUGUUCCUUUCUUCCUGCUCUUUUUUCUUUAGAUUGAUUUGCUGUGGAAUGUUGCCUACUAGAUCCUGUGCCUCCUUGUCACUAUGUCACCUGCCUAUGUUUCUUCAUAUCUAUCUAUCUAUCUAUCUAUAUAGGUUUCUUCAUAUUUAUCUAUCUGUCUAUCUAGGUUUUUUUCAUAUCUAUCUAUCUAUCUAUCUAUCUAUCUAUCUAGGUUUCUUCAUAUCUAUCUAUCUACCUAGGAAACCUCAAACAGCUGUGUCAUAUCUAUCUAUCUAUCUAUCUAUCUAUCUAUCUAUCUAUCUAUCUAUCUAUCUAUCUAUCUAUCUAUCUUUUGAAGACUUCAUAUCUAUCUAUCUUUUGAAGACUCUUCAUAUCUAUCUAUCUAUCUAUCUAACUAUCUAUCUAUCUAUCUAUCUAUCUAUCUAUGUUUCAUCAUACUUAUUUUUCUUUCUUCAUAUCUAUCUAUCUAUCUAUCUAUCUAUCUAUGCUUCUUCAUCUAUCUAUCUAUCUAUCUAUCUAUCUAUCUAUCUAUCUAUCUGUCUGUCUAGACUCUUCAUAUCUAUCUAUCUAUCUAUCUAUCUAUCUAUCUAUCUAUCUAUCUAUGUUUCAUCAUACUUAUUUUUCUUUCUUCAUAUCUAUCUAUCUAUCUAUCUAUGCUUCUUCAUCUAUCUAUCUAUCUAUCUAUCUAUCUAUCUAUCUAGGUUUCUUCAUCUAUCUAUCUAUCUAUCUAUCUAUCUAUCUAUCUGUCUGUCUAGGUUUCUUCAUAUCUAUCUAUCUAUCUAUCUAUGCUUCUUCAUCUAUCUAUCUAUAUAUAUAUAUAUAUAUAUAUAUUUCUUCAUAUCUAUCUAUCUAUCUAUCUAUCUAUCUAUGUACUAA